UCGAACCGCGGUAUCUGGUGAAGAGCGAGCGGGUGGUCGGUGAUGUGUCGCUGGACAAUUGCAAGUACGUGGAUCCGUGCAAGAAACCAAACACCUGCGAGCACGGUGGCAAAUGUUCGGUGAAGGACGAUGGUAUCACAUGUGACUGCAAGGAUACGGGGUACAUUGGCAAGAACUGCCACUUUACCAAGUUCCGCAAGACCUGCGAAGAGCUGGCGUUGCUCGGUUACUCCAAAUCGGACGUUUACUCGAUCGACAUCGAUGGAAAUGGAGUGUUUCCACCGGCACGGGUCAAGUGUGAUUUCCAGAGCCUGGCGAAUGCCACAAAGACGAUCGUCGAGCAUAAUCUACCGUCGCAGGUGGACGUACGAUCGGCGACGGAUGAGGAUUUUAGCUUUCACAUCCAGUACCGAGAGUUCAGUGCGGAGAUGCUGCAGGAGUUGAUCUCUCAUUCGCUUUACUGUACGCAGUACAUCAAGUACGACUGCAUCAAAGCGCCGCUUGAGCUACACUCAUCGACGUGGUUUAAAUCCUCGAGCAACAAUAACACGGUUGACUCACUGGGAGAGGUGAAACGUGGUACCUGUCCCUGUGCGGUUGGCAAGAACUGUGAAGAUCCAAGUCUAACGUGUAACUGUGAUGCGAACCUUAACCGAUGGCUCUCGGAUGAAGGUUACUUCAAGGAACCACCAAAUCUCGGCAUCACCCAGAUGUACUUCCUUCGCCAAAAGAAUCUCGAUGAAGAAUCGCAAGGCAGAAUCACACUUGGGCCGCUCGAAUGCGUCGAAACGAACACUCAAAAGUACGUCGUGACGUUCACGACCUCACAGUCUUACAUCGAGGUGCCCGGAUGGCGAAAGGGUGACAUCGCAUUCUCCUUCCGGACGACCGGGGAAAAGGCUAUUCUACUUUUCCAGCCACCAAUCCGUUCGAACUAUCCAUCGUUUAUGGUCGCCCUGACCGGGGACUAUCAGCUAACGUUCAAUUUUACGCUCAACACGGGCACCCCGAAGACGCUGGUGAUCGAUACGAAUCGCAAGCUGAACGGUGGUGAGUGGCACAAGAUUUGGAUCGAUUACAACGAGCAUCAUGUGCGGUUCAUGAUCAACACGGACACGCGCAUGGUUGAUCUGCAGCCAGAGGAAGAGUUUGGUCCAUUCGAGGGUAGCAUGUUCAUCGGCGGUGCUCCAACAGAGAUUUCGAAGAAGUACACCGUCAAGCAGGGUCUGAUUGGAUGCUUCCGUGGGCUGGUCGUUAACGGUGAGAUCCUCGACAUUUACAGCUUCAUGUCGGUUCAUCUGUCGGAGAUUAUUAAGGAUUGUAAGCCAUCGUGCGUGCCGAAUCCGUGCAAGAAUGGUGCAUACUGUCGUGAGCUGUGGAGUACGUUCGAGUGUGUCUGCAAAAACCGUUGGGCUCAUCUCGGACAGCAUUGUGAGACGAAUGUGAAUGAGGAUGCACUAACGUUCAUAAGCCGGGAGUCAUACCUGAAGCGAAACUAUCUGUCCGAUGCAGAGGACUUGCGUGAAGAGCGUGAACGGUUGCAGAGCAUCCUAAACUCUUCGUUACUCAUUAAUCUCCGCACGUACGACCGGCAUGCGUUUGUGCUUUAUGCCAACGAUCAGUACAACAACUUCAUCCAUCUGUUCCUCACCAACCAGAGUGAGGUUGUGUACCUCUACAACUAUGGCAACGAUAUCGUUAAUCUCACCAUCGAACAUAGCGAACUGAACAAUGGGCGCAGCAUGCAGGUCGCUGUGAUACGAACCGAGACAAACACGACGCUGUUCGUCAACGAGCGCAAUGUUACCGUUGAUCGUGGGUUCAAGCUGCUGGAAGAUUACUCCAACAAACCGUGGUCUAAUCCGGAGCAUGAGGUCCUAUCGCCGCAUCGUCCACCGGCACCACCGACCAAGUAUUUCCAGUUCAACAUCGGUGGAUACGAUCCAGCCAAUCUGCUGCGCCCGAAUCAGGACACGGUCGAGCUGGAAGGAUACAUUGGCUGUAUUCGUGGGCUGAAAAUUGGAGAAAAUCUCAUUUCCUUGCGUGAAAUGGCCACACAGAACAAUGCGCACGUGACUGACGGUGUACUGAACGGAUGCCAGAUGAAAUGUGAUGCCGAGCCGUGCAAAAACGGUGGCAUCUGUACCGAGAACUUUGUGCGCCAGGAGAGUUCCUGUAACUGUGAGCACACCAGUUUUCUGGGCGAGUUCUGUUCGGAGGAAAAGGGUGCCAGCUUUAGCGGUGAAGCGACACUUCUGCGAAAACUCGCCCUGGCCGAAGGUGUUACAUCCGUGCGGUUGCAGCUUGCCUUCUCGAGCCACGAUUUGAGGCGUGCAAAUCGCGUAAUGUUGCUGCUACAGUCACGGAAUGACCGCAGCUACUAUCUGAUGGUUGCCAUCACGGCCGAGAACCAUCUGUACAUCGAGGAGGAUCGUGAGGGCUCUACGUACGCGGCCCGUAUCGAGGGUAACUUCAUGGAUGAUGCGCGUCACUCGGUGUACUAUACGCGGCAUGGUGACGUUGCGUCGCUCCUGGUGGACCGCAUCAGCAUUCCCAUCAAGAUGGUGCCGAAUAAACCGCUCGUUCCGGUCUCCGAUCCAGGCGCUAAUCAUGUCCAAAUCGGUGGCGUGAACACGACCGAUCCGCGAUUCGCUGUCUACAAAAGCUACGACGGUUGUCUGUCGAAUAUUUUCAUCGCGGUGAACAACGAAACGAUGAAACCAUUGGAGGAGUACAUGCUGUUUACGAAGAGCGAAGCGGAAACCAUCACCGUCAUCAACUCGCAGGGUGUCCGGUCGGCCCAGUGCAAGCAGUUCGACGUUAUCCAGAAGCUAACACCAUUCAACGAGCCAGCACUCAACAUGACUUCGCAGGUUUUGGACAAGAACUGGGUCGUCGAUGCACCGACACGCGUCCCGUAUAAGGCCGUGCACUUUGAUCCAUCGCAGAAGGAGGAGAAGACGCAGGUCGUCUUCAUCGCACUGACCGCUGUCUUCGUUAUCAUCGUUGUGUGCUGCCUGAUCGAGGUGUAUCGUUCGGACCGUGAGUACCGGAAGCGACAGGAGCGCCAAACUGAUGAAGAUAUCAUCUGGUCAAAGGAGCAAGCGGCCAAGAUGCAACUGGAAUCAUCCACGACCAGCAUCAAGGGAUUCGGCUACAAAUCGGUCCCCGGAGAUGAUAAGAAAGACAAUGGAAAGCCUCUGGUCGGGAUACUGAAGAAUGGAAAUGCGACAGCUCCCGCUGAAAAGAUUGUAGAAAAGCCAAUCGUGGAGGCCGUGACUGGCGGAAUUCGUGAUAGUCAACUGAUAGACCACGAGCUGCAGUGGGAGUCGUUGGUAGCGGAAGAAAACGAAUCACUUCUAACCAAAAGCCCCUCUGGCGACACAAUUGCCUCGAACGGUCCAACGGCAAAUGGAAACCAUAGCAACCGGCUAGCUAAUGGUGGUAGCCAUGUAGCCAAUGGCGAUGACGCCAUCGAAGAAGACCAUGUCGACGGAUUGGACAGUGAACUGACGGACAAUCCGGUGAGCCCCACGGUUAAGAUCAAUGGCCAUGCACACUCACCAGUAACGACCAGUGCGCGAAAGGGACCGUUUCCUGGAAAGCUGAUCCUCUCGCGGACACCACCGGAACCUGGAGAUACCGGCAGUCCGGGUACACCGUCGUUCCUGCCAUCCUCGAGCCCCCUGACGAAUGGAGUACCGCGAUCGCGGGGACCACGACAAGUUUCCUGGGGACCACCACCACCACCCGCCUUGAUCAGUGCCAAUCCGCUCCCUUUUAAAAUCGACGAAACGCCUGAAUCUCCGGCGUGAUCCGGAACCGUCGAUCGCAGGAUAUUCGUGGCUGCUGUAUGUGUGUAUAUGUGUGUGCCAUUUCUAUUGUGUUUCUUCUUUCCUUUUUGUUCUUCUAUGUUGGUUAAGCGUAAUCGUAAAUGUACACGUGACCGUCCCUCCCCACCGGAGGUGAUCUUUUGUGCAGAUCGUCAACCAUGAAAAUCCAAAUUUUUGAUCGAUCUCCCAUUACUUUUCAAAGCCGUUAGAUGAGUCUUCUUCUGCUUCCGUUCUCUCUAGGCAGUCUUGUUCGAUUGUAAAAAGAAACUGCGGGCGGUACACCCAGUAUCAUUGCUCUGUCUUCUACUACAGAUUAACAUGUGAUCUUAUUCCAAUGCAAAUAAAUCCAACCGACAGUGUAGCAGCGCCGCUACGCUGUGGUUUAGUUCUAAACAAACGGAUGGUGAUUGU